CGAGAGCUCGCGCCUCUUUCCCUCCCUUUGCCCCGAGCCCGGGCGCCAUUGCGGCGCUGCUGCGGCCGAGGCCUGAGACGGCGGCUCCCAGGCAUGGCCGUCCGGGUGUUCUGCAACCACUGCUUCCAGCCUCCCGGCAGGUCCUCCUCGCAUUUUAGCUUGACGAGUUGCGGCCACGUGUUUUGCCACCUCUGCCUUCAGAAAGGUAAAAAGGAAGAAUGUUUGAUUUGUAACACUCCUUGCCGCAUAAUUUUACUUUCAAAACAAACUGAUUUUAAUAUUCAGGCAUUCUUUAUGGGAAUAGAUGGAUUAUGCAAGAAAUAUUCAAAAGAAACAUCACAGAUUUCAGAAUUUCAAGAAAAACACAGAAGGAGGCUGUUAACAUUCUAUAGAGAAAAGAUUUCAAAAUUAGAAGAAUCUCUCAAAACAUUAUCACAGCAGAUACAGCAGAUUCAAAGUAAGAGGCCAUCUCAACAAACUGGGCAGUUACCUGUUUCUAAGCCAGUAAAAAAUUCAGUUUUAACUUCUUCAGCAAAACCACUUGGAUAUUCAUCAUAUUCAUUCUUGCCAGCUUACUCAUCGACCUCCCAAAUAGUGGAGUCAAUGGACAUCGAUCACUCACCUUCCCAAGUGAGAAAACCUGAGACAACAGCAGGCCCUGCAAGACUGUCACUGAUCAGUCCACCUCAAGAUGGACGUAUGGGAAGUGUUUCUUACAGAGGGCCCCAACUAGUUGGACUUACCUCAAAUCAGAACAGUAUAUCAAGGAUACCACCAUCACAAAUGCCCUAUAGUGGACCUUCACAUGUUCUGUCAUCUUCCUUGCAAAGUAGAAUAGGAAUGUGGGAUACUUCUGGCUUCAGAAUUCCUCAGUUUACACCUCCUGCAUCCCAGUCUUCAGCGCCAAGACAGCCAAUUAGCAUAUCCAAUCUUCUACAGAGGCAAUGUUUAGGUUCUCCUCUUCUUGGAAGAAACACACUAGGAAGAUGAUGGUUGUUUUUGUGAUGAUUAUUUUCCAUUAAUUUUUAAGUGGAUCUCUCUAUCAACAUUUACCUCUUUGUCUACUGAAUGUACCCAUUCCCUGAUGCUACAAUUAAGUGGAUAACAACACUGAAUAAAGAAUAUUUUUCUUAUUUCUAGGAGGAACAAACUUCUUUUAAAAAAA